AUGCACACAUACACAUCUAAGUGUCCAACUGUGUGGGAAGUUGGUGACAGUCAUUUGGCGUUUGAUGCUUCGAUGGCUGACCGAAUCCGUGUCAGGGUAGUGCACGGCCAUGCAAAGGAGGCUCGCCGAAAGGCGGUGCUUCAGAUUCGAAUUCGACUUGAGUGCCAAGACAUGACCAGAGCCGAACUCUUAACAUUGGUCGUGGUCGUUGCCGCGGACCCGGCAGGCAAGAAACGGCGCACUGAGCGCCAAUGUAAUUCCAUCAGACUGGAAAAGACGAGCUGA